AUGAGCGACGACGAAACCGCUCUCCGCAAGGACUCCUCCAAAGCCAUUCUGCUCACUAAAGACGGCCAGCGCUACAUCGUGGGUGACAGCCGCUCCGUGGACAGCCGUGACGUGAUCACACUUAUCCCCAUGGAGAACGCCGACCUCAUGGAACUGGACGACGCGGACGAGGAGAGCGACGUAUUGGACACAUCCGACGCGCGUGACGGCGCCGUCAGCCCGGAGGAGCUCAACGACGACGAAGCGUCGGAGGGAGACGGCGCCGCGCCCAAGCAGUGCACUUACGACGGCUGCACCGAGACUACUACGCAGGUUGCAAAGCAACGAAAGCCCUGGAUGUGCAAGAAGCACCGCAACAAGAUGUAUAAAGACAAGUACAAGAAGAAGAAAAGCGACCAGGCCAUGUCCACCAACAAAAUUGACGACAACUGUGAGGAGCGGCCCGUGUCCGUCAACAAGCAGCGUUUAGGAGUCAUGGGGGACCGCCCAGUGCGACCCUCCCUCAUUGAGCAGGUGCUUAACCAAAAAAGACUGUCGCUGCUUAGGAGUCCCGAGGUGAUCCACUUCCUUCAGCAGCAGCAGAACAUCUUGGCGACGCAGAGUCGAGGCCUGGCGCUGCAGCACAACUUUAGCGGAUGCUGA